AUUCUCUCCGUGUUCCCCUUCUUCAAAAGUCCAAAAGUCUUCUCAUUUCUGAGGUCGUCGGGGAUAUCGAAAUCUAGGGCUUUUUAUUGGGGUAAUUGUAAUUGUGAGGUGAGGUGAGGAGAGGAGAGAAGCAGGAAUCCUACGAACAUGGCGUCGCAGGAGUAUUUGGACAAGAUGCAGGGGCGCCAGAAUUUUCGGAAUCUCUGGCACACCGAUCUCAUGGGCACAAUUCAAGCCGACACUCGUUAUUGCUGCUUUGCCUUUUGGUGUGCACCAUGUGUGUCAUACUUGCUUCGCAAAAGAGCUCUUUAUAAUGAUAUGUCAAGGUAUGUGUGUUGUGCUGGUUAUAUGCCCUGUAGUGGAAGGUGUGGAGAAAGCCGAUGCCCAGAAUUUUGCCUUUGCACUGAGGUUCUCCUCUGCUUUGGAAAUUCGGUAGCAUCAACCCGCUUUCUGUUGCAAGAUGAGUUCAACAUACAGACAACAAAAUGUGACAAUUGCAUCAUUGGUUUCAUGUUCUGCCUCCAACAAAUUGCAUGCAUAUUUUCCAUAGUGGCAAUGAUUGUUGGAAGUGAUGAAAUUCAAGAGGCUUCUCAGUUACUAUCUUGUUUGGCUGAUAUGGUAUAUUGCACGGUUUGUGCAUGUAUGCAGACCCAACACAAGAUUGAAAUGGACAAGCGAGAUGGCAUGUUUGGACCACAACCCAUGGCCAUACCCCCUGUGCAGCAGAUGUCACGCAUUGAUCAGCCAUUUCCUCCUUCAGUUGGAUAUCCACCUCAGCCUGCAUACGGGCAGCCCUACGGUUACCCACCUCCUCAGGCUCAUGGCUAUCCAGCUGCCAGUUAUCCUCCAAAACCCUAAAUCCAUCAAGGCAUUACCAGAGCAGGCACAUGUGUCUUCAUGAUCCCAAGGUGAGUGACUGGUAUAAUGAUUGGCAUUUUUAUGUGUUGUAGAUUUACAGACAGUUAAUACCGAAAAUUAAGCCCUAGAGUGUUUUCUGUCUCUGUAUUUUCCUCACCGAUCCCUAUUGGAGCUUGAAUAUUUUUAUUUGCAAAUUCUGUUGAGACAUAAAACCUGAGAGAACCGGGUUUAUGAUCUUAUUCAGUCCCCGGGGAAUUGGGAGCUUUGGGUUUUUUCCAUGCUAGUAAAUGAAGUAUGAUGUUUGUUUGCGGGUGUUCAUUUUCA